AUGACUUCUACCGUCAAGGCUGCCGCUCUUUCCCUCCUGCUGGUCGCCGCCGCGAAUGCUAGUCCCCUUGAGGCCCGCGCCAGCGGUGUUCAAGGCUUCGACAUCUCCAACUACCAAGCUGAUGUGGACUUUGCCGGUGCCUAUGGAGCCGGUGCCCGAUUCGUCAUGAUCAAGGCCACCGAGGGCACCAGCUACAUUGAUAAGUCCUUCUCCAGCCACUACGAGGGUGCAUCCUCAGCCGGUCUCAUCCGAGGCGGCUACCACUUUGCGCAACCCGCCUCCAGCUCCGGUGCCAGCCAGGCCGAGUAUUUCCUGGCCCACGGUGGCGGCUGGUCUAACGAUGGCAAGACUCUCCCCGGAAUGUUGGACCUAGAGUACAACCCAUCCGGCUCGACCUGUUACGGCCUCAGUGCAUCCAGCAUGGCCGCCUGGGUCAAGGAUUUUGGCGAGACCUACAAGAGCAAGACUGGCCGCUACCCCAUGAUCUAUACCACCGCCGACUGGUGGAAGACUUGCACGGGUAACAACGGGAACUUUGGUGCCGACUACCCUCUGGUUCUGGCGCAGUACGCCAGCUCCGUUAGCACGGUUCCCAAUGGCUGGUCGACCCAGAGCUUCUGGCAGAACUCGGAUUCUUAUAAGUAUGGUGGUGACUCAGAUCUGUGGAAUGGUAGCGAGGAUAACCUCAAGAAGUUUGCCAAGGGUUCAUAG